AUGGCGACAUGCAGCCGGCUGAGCGGGGAGUGCUGGCAAUGGGCGAAAGUUUACUUAGACGACUGCGUCUGCGGCACGAGAGACCGAGUUUCGUUCGGUUUGGGGCUGGUCAGUGUACUAAGCUGGGCCGUGGCCGAAAUCCCUCAGAUCAUGACCAACUACAAGAACAAAUCCGUUGAAGGCCUCUCUCUCGGUUUCUUGAUUACUUGGAUAGUCGGCGAUCUUUUCAAUCUCUCCGGUUGUAUUCUCGAACCGGCUACUCUCCCGAUGCAGUACUACAUGGCGGUUUUGUAUGCGAUAACCACCUUUAUCCUCACGGCACAGACUGUAUACUAUGGUCACAGCUACCCUGACGUGCGCAACAAGGAUUUAGUUCAAGAGCCAUUGCUGGGUACAUAUGUCACAACACAAUCGACCUCUCGGCACCGGGAACUCAUAUCGCCUUGGAGCUUGAAAUCAUUGCUAUGCUCGGUGUCCGCAUUAAUGUUCAUCGGCUUAUUCAAUUCAAACGUCUCCAAAUUCAAAGUAAAUCAAGGAUUUAUGAUACAUAUAGGAAGAAAGCUUCUCCAGUCAAAUUCAAGCGGUUCUGAAGGAGGUAGCAGAGUUGGGACUUUUCUUGGUUGGGCAAUGGCGAUUAUCUACAUGGGUGGACGGCUUCCACAAAUUUACUUGAUCAUUAGAAGAGGCAAUGUAGAGGGACUUAGCCCUUUUAUGUUCAUCUUUGCUUUGGUUGGGAACUUUACGUAUGUUGCUAGUAUACUUGUGAGGAGCUUGGAUUGGUCGAUAAUAGAACCGAACUUGCCAUGGCUGGUGGAUGCUGGUGGAUGUGCGCUGCUUGAUGCUUUUAUAGUAAUCCAGAUUAUAUAUUUUUCUAAGUGGGCUGGUCGAGAAGCUGCGGUCGAGCACGAAUCGCCAUGGGAGUUUUGUUGA